CUCAAACAAUAUUGGUAACCCAGUUGAAAAUAUGGGUUCCCAAAAACUUCAAUGUGCUGUUCUCUUCUUGAUCUUUGCUACACUAAGUUGCUUCUCUUCUAGUUCUAGUUCUAGUUCUAGUUCUCAUCUCCCUACUGAGUACUCCAUUGUUGGACGUGAUUUUGAUGAGCUUGUUUCGGAAGAACGAGUCAUCGAGUUGUUUCAGCGGUGGAAAGCGAAGCAUCGAAAAGUGUACAAGCAUACAGAAGAGGCAGAAAAAAGAUUCAAGAAUUUUAAGAAUAACUUGAAGUAUGUGAUUGAGAAGAAUGCAGAGCGAAAAUCAGGUAAGGGGCAUGCUGUAGGGUUGAACAAGUUUGCGGAUUUGAGCAACGAGGAGUUCAGGGAGAAAUAUUUGACAAAGAUUGAAAGGCCUGCUGGAAAAGCAUUUGGCAAUGUGAAGAGUCGAAAAAAUAGGAAGGUGGAAUCAUGUGAUGCACCAUCAAGCUUGGAUUGGAGGAAAAAGGGAGUUGUGACUGCUAUUAAAGACCAAGGCGAUUGUGGAAGUUGUUGGGCAUUUUCUUCAACUGGAGCCAUUGAAGCGAUAAAUGCGAUAGUCAAUGGUGACCUCAUUAGCCUUUCAGAACAAGAACUUGUGGACUGUGAUACCACCAACGAAGGAUGUGAUGGAGGCUACAUGGAUUAUGCAUUUGAAUGGGUUAUAAGCAACGGUGGGAUAGAUACAGAAGCCGAUUAUCCUUACACUGGUGUGGAUGGUACUUGCAAUACUACCAAGGAGGAUACCAAGGCGGUGACUAUUGAUAGUUACACAGACGUAGCAGAAUCAGAUAGUGCUCUAUUGUGUGCUACUGUUCAGCAACCAAUAAGUGUUGGUAUGGAUGGCUCUGCUAUUGAUUUUCAACUAUAUACUAGUGGCAUCUAUGCUGGUGACUGCUCGGAUGAUCCAGAUGAAAUUGACCAUGCAGUUUUGAUUGUUGGUUAUGGUUCUGAAGAUGGUGAAGAUUAUUGGAUCGUUAAGAAUUCUUGGGGAACAAGCUGGGGAAUGGAAGGAUAUUUUUACCUAAAAAGGAACACUAAUUUAGAAUAUGGUGAAUGUGCAGUCAAUGCAAUGGCCUCUUACCCCACCAAAGAAUCUUCUGCUCCAGCUCCCUAUUCGCCUCCACCACCUCCUUCACCACCGCCACCACCAUCACCUCCACCGCCGCCGCCACCUCCACCAUCCCCGCCUCCACCACCACCUCCCUCGCCUUCACCAUCUGAAUGCGGGGACUUCUCAUAUUGCCCCAGUGAUGAGACUUGUUGUUGCAUAUAUGAAUUCUUUGAUUACUGCCUGAUCUAUGGAUGUUGUUCAUAUGAAAAUGCAGUCUGCUGCACUGGAACUGACUAUUGCUGCCCUAGUGAUUAUCCUAUUUGUGAUGUAGAAGAAGGACUCUGCCUCAAGAACUCUGGAGAUUACCUGGGAAUAGCAGCAAAGAAGAAAAAGAUAGCAAAGCACAAGUUCCCAUGGACUAAAUAUGAGGAAGCAGAGAAGAGGAAGAUGUAUGAACCUCUCCAGUGGAAGAGGAACCAAUUUGCUGCAAUGCGCUAAAUGAAUGAACAACAUUUUUAGUCUCUUUUUGAAGUUUGAUGGUUGUGUGACUCUUGCUAUUUCCUUUUUUUUUUGCUUCAGAGAGACAUUCUCUGAAUCUGCAUUGCACAUUUGUUUUAAUGGAAAUUAAACUUAUGCAGCAGGCAAAACUGGAAAGAUAAACAGGGAAGGUUUUGUUUCUCUAAAUUGUUUAUUGGAAGCUGUAAUUUGAAUUUCUAUUGGGAAUAGCUUUGUUUCAUUUAGAUGUCCUGGCUUGCAAGAUUGUGCAAAUGCAAGCCAUUUCAGCAUUGUUUUUAAAACCUUGUAAUAUACUAAGUGAGGUUUAAAAUAAGUGAUCUGUUACUGCA